AUGAGUUGCCCACCAGAUGUCAGCAUUGCAUCAGUAUUUACGCAUGAACGUCUUAAUUUAACAUUAAUGUGUGUUUUGAUAAAACUAGUAUUUUAUUCCUCUUCCCAGUGAACCUCAGAGGCUAGACUAUUUUAAAUCAACACCGAACCCCUUUCCUUAUACUGUUAGGCAGCCCCCGAAAACGAUACCAAUGGAAGUGGCUCCGUCUUCCCAUUGAAGCGCGCUCCCGUGUUCUCUCAUUUGACGGUCUUGUCGGACACGCGCUGGAAUGGCAGCGGCGGACGGGUCGGCGCGAGACCUGGAUUUAAUGCAAUAAUUUCACGUUUCCGUUCGUUUCUAUGGUCUGCGCUCUGGGGAAAGCAUUUUGUUAUCUUCAUAUGUACCUUCUCGGCACUUUUGUUUCUCUCAUAAAUCCUCGUGAGGUCUAAACGCAUGGCUUUUGUUUGAGAAGAGUGUGCGGGAAAGAAACACCCAAUUGUCGGACCGUCUUUAUCUGGGAUAGAAAGUGAUUUAUUCAUCUCUGCACGGGACACGUACAGUGUCUGGAGAAUGUCUUCUGCUCGGGUCGAUUAUAUCGCUCCAUGGUGGACUUACUGGCUCAAUCAGUUUCCUCAUGUGAAUUUGAGGUUUCAGUCUCUGGAUCACACGUUUAAACCGCAGGACGAGAACUACCAGCAGUCUCUCAUCUUCCUGGGUUGUGUAGCGGCGGCCGGUCUUGGUGUAAACUUGCUGUGCCUGGCGAUAUACCUGAGCUGUCUGUGCUGCUGUCGCAAAGAUGAGGAGGAAGAAGAAAGUAAGAAGUCCAAUUCUUGCUGUGUCACAUGGGCAGCAGUUGCUGCAGGGCUCAUCUGCUGUAUUGCCGUGGGAGUGGGUUUCUAUGGAAACAGCGAAACCAAUGAUGGGGUGUACCAGCUGACCUAUUCCCUCUACAACGCCAAUCACACGCUGGAAGGAGUGGACAGUUUGGUGACUGGUACUAUGGGAGGGAUGCAGAGCGGCCUAAAAGAUCACUUGUCCCGAUUGGAUGAGAUCUUUGCAGCACGGGGAGAUUUUGUUCAGACGCUGAAUUUCAUGCAACAGAUGGCCGACAACGUCAUUAAACAGCUCCUGGGACUUCCUGAUUGGGAAAAAGCAAAAGUAGACCUGACUGCCAUAGCAGAUCAGACGGCUUAUGUGGAGUAUUACAGGUGGUUGACAUACCUGCUGAUUCUGAUCCUGGAUCUGGUUAUCUGUCUGGUUGCGUGUCUCGGCCUGGCGAAACAAUCCCGCUGGCUGCUCACCACAAUGAUGGUGUUUGGUGUUCUCGCUCUCAUCCUGAGCUGGGCGUCUCUUGGAGCAGAUGUGGCAACUGCAGUGGGUACAAGCGAUUUCUGUGUUUCACCUGACAAGUUUCUGAUGAACCAGACGAAAGAUGUUAUCAGCUCAGACAUUGUGCACUAUUACCUGUACUGCAGCCAGACCCUCCCCAACCCAUUUCAGCAGUUUGUCUUGCAGUCCCUGACCGUCUUCCAGAGAUCCCUGACCACCAUGCAGAUGCAGAUUCAGGGUCUUCUACAGUUUGCUGUGCCUCUGUUCCCCACAGCAGAGAGGGAUUUACUGAACAUUCAGCAUCUGUUGAAUAAUUCAGAGGCCAGUUUACACCAGCUCACCGCCCUGCUGGACUGCAGGGGACUCAAUAAGGACUACCUGGAUGCUCUCAUGGGUGUGUGUUAUGAUGGUGUGGAGGGUUUACUGUAUCUGAGUCUCUUCUCUCUUCUGGCUGCUACAGCGUUCUCCAUCAUGCUGUGUGCGAUCCCGAGAGCAUGGCGGCAGAUCGCCAACAGAGAAAGAGAUUAUGAUGAUAUGGAUGAUGGGGACCCGUUCAACCCUCAGAGCCGACGAAUGACGACGUCGCAUCCGGUCAACAUGCACAGUUUUGGUAGCUACAGUAGUAGCAUGGGCAGCCAGACCAGUCUGCACCCCCCGACACAGACCGUCUCCAACGCGCCCCUCACAGAGUACAUGAACCAGACUGCGCUGUUUGGUGGAAACCCGCGCUAUGAAAAUGUGCCUCUCAUCGGGAGAGGAUCUCCUCCUCCUUCGCUUUACUCACAGCCAUAUAGAAACAGCUAUUCUCCGACCAUGAGAGCCACCUAUCUCUCCAUGACUGAGGACCAGAUCAGACACUUCGGGGAGGAUUUCCGGGCAUAGAACGGAUCUCCGUCCCUCUGUCAUACACAUGUUUGCCCUGGCGUGAUUCGGUAACAUGGACGCACAGAGAACUGUAAUGCCAGCAUGCGUGCGCUCCCCUUAUUGUGUUUUACUGUAUCUGACUCGCCGAACUACAGUAUGAGAGAAGAACAGCAUUUUAGGAGCACUGAUUGUGUGUGUGUGUGUGUGUGUUUUUAUGUGUUUGCAAUGCAUUUUCACUAAUCCUGAUGGUGCGGUGCAUCUACUGACACGUUACUGUGAGGUGCUGAAAUAACUCGUUUUGUUUGUACGUUUAUAUUAUGUACGUCUCAGUCAGGUAGGACGUUGGUCCUCCUUAUAGAGCUGUUUAGACAUGAAGUCAAUGUGUAGACAAACCUGUUACUUACACCGUCAUGCCUGGGAUAUACAGUCAUAAUUCUAAUGUGAAUGUGAUGCAUGUUAAUGUUGUAGACCAAGACGUGAAGUUUUCGGUAACCACAAAUUUAACUUCUCAUUAUCUUCUGGAUUAUUAGACAACGGCCUAAACAGCUCUAUUGCCUUCACAACAAAAAAAUAUAUUUUGCCAUAGAAAAUCGAACACAUCUUUACCUAAUACAUAACCUAAAAAAGGUUAAUCAUUUGUUAUAAAAAAAAUGUAAAUAAAUGUAUCAUUAUGGACCUUGCUGAAUAUUCUGGAACAUCUGGAUGUCAAUGGUGACACAGUAUGUUUGCGUGUUACUUUUCUAAGCGAUUGUUGCUCAUGAAAAGUCCUUUUAUGCUGUAUUGGUUACUGUGCAGAAUGAACUUUCUGGAUAUGUCAUCAUUUUUUAUGAUGGACGACUGUACAGAUAAUAAUGUACCUGUAUUUUAUCAAUUUAUUUUGAGUGAAACCUUUCUCUCCCACACCCCGAAUGUUUUACGUGCCCAUGAAUGAAAGCAUGUUUUGUGUCUCUUAAAGAUCCCUUGACUUUACACGACAGCUUUCUUUUUUAUGUGUUUAAAUAUGUGUUGCUGUUGAAACAAGGGGGUCGUAUCAAUACGAUUUAUUUCCUGUCAAAACCUCAAUUCACACUUUUCAGUCAGAGUACGCUAGUGUCAGACAUUCUACAACAUAAAACAUUUUAUACAAUUCAUUUUACACUCACACAAUAAAAGGUAUUCCUCCAGAUGUCUUUAAGGUGUCAAAUUUAAAGCCACAAGGUCACAUCAAGAUUCACAGGUUCUUUAAACCCUUUAUUUGGAUUUCUCAUCUAUUUUGUGUUGUUUUUAUGAAAGGCCGGGAUUGGGCAUGGAAAAAAUAUAUUGUCAUGUAGGCAUUUUAAAGUACAAUCUGAUGACUGGGAGUUUAAAAUGACCCUUGAAGUGUUUUGCGUGUUCAAGUGAUACCAACCUCAUUUCCCGUAUGUCUUAAUGACAAACCUCUUUAAUGUCUAGACGAGCACACUGAGCCAAUUACUCUCCAUGUUGCAAAUGUUUGUCUAAUAGCAGAAUAUACACUUUGUAAUAACCUGACCAGCUGUAAAUACUGUAACUUGUAUGAUAACAGAUUUUGUGUAAUUUAACUUUUUUGGGGUGCCAAAGUAUCUUGUUUGAUGAUGAAAUCAGCUACUUGGACAGAAAAGCAAUGUGUCAUCAUUUGGAUUUAAUGUGGAAUUCGAAAUGUCUUACAAUUACAAAAGUGGUCCAUGGUAGCAUCAAUCUUGUUUAUUGCCUAGUUAGACUGUUUUUAAAUACAGUUUUCAAACGUAUUUUUAAUACAUGGGAUGCAUGGGCAGUACUGAUUUAAAGACAUUAAGGGGUGCUUGAUUUCCGUCUAAUUUAGAAGACAGAAACCUGGUGAUUAAAACAACUGAAUUGAGCCUUUGUGAGAAAGAUUUGUUACACUAUUCAUUAUAUUGAACACUUGUAAUUCCUUUUAGCACAGAAACUGAAAGUAAACAAAAAAUAACAAGUGGAACUUUAAUUUUACUCGUCUUUAUUCCUAAAAGCACAUUUUUUUGUAGCAUUUUUACAGGAGGUCUCAAGUUUAUUUUCCAUAAGCAGCAGUAAUUUGGCGCCCUCUGUCGGUUGUAUUGUCGAACUGUUGCAGUAGCCUACCUGAGCAAACCAAACAAGGUUUAUUGAUCUUAAGUAAUACUCUAAUUUUCUGAGACACUGAAUUUUGGGUUUUCGUUAUCUGUAAGCCAUAAUCAGCAAUUUCAAGAAAUAAAGGCUUGAAAUAUUUCA